AUGAAAGGCGACCCACAGCCCAUUGAUGGACAUGAGGAAGUAUACCCCCUACACAAGCUGGACGAUAUCAAGAGUUUUCGCAAUCAUGUGAUAUGGAUGAUGCGAUUCAAUGACGUCCUUGACGCCGAAAAACUGGCCGAUGCCUUGUCAAGGCUGCUUGAGAUUGGAGAUUGCAAAAAGCUCGGCGGGCGGUUGAGAUUCAAGGCGGACGGAAAAUUGGAAGUCGUCUUGCAAAAGCCAUCGACGACUGGAGAACGGCAUGUGUUUUUCACUCACGAUUCUUACGAGAUGCGAAUCCAAGACCACCGACUAGCCAGUCGUUUACCAAAUGCUACUGAUGGACCAUCCACUCAUCUCGUCUCGGAAGACUUUCAACCUUUUAUUGCUCGUCCGAAUUUUCCAACUUUUGAUCAGUCGAUACGAAGAAAUGAGCCUCAAAUUUCGCUACAUGUCACCUCCUUCAAAGAUGCGACGCUUGUCGCUCUUUUAUGGCCUCAUGUGCUGAUGGAUGCCUCAGCCGGAGAGGCCCUCUUAUCUGGCUGGUCAUCAGUGUUGACAGGGCGCGAAAGGGAUAUUGUUGUAGUGACAGGCGCACAAGAUGAUAUCCUUUUGCAAGCAGCGAUGUCAAAAAAGGCAGAGACUAGCGAAAAGUUUAAGCUCGAAAAGAAUCGUCUGACUAGUGGGACUCCUUAUUUUUCAAUUGCGAUGUCUGUGGGACAAGUUCUGGAUUCUCCUCUACAACAGCGAGCUGUAUUCAUACCUGAGGCCGUUCUCAAUAAACUCAAAGCUGAGGUUCGCAAGGAAAUUGCAGAAGGCAGCGAGAAUGUGCCAUUUGUCAGCGAAAGCGACAUACUGAUCGCGUGGAUAUGUCAAGUAGUUCAUCUACUAUGGCGAGACCCGGUCCAGUGGCAAUUAUGA